AUGGGGUCCGUUUACCUGUCCCUUUCUUGGAAGUUUCCUCGGGAAUGUCUGCUAGCCGUGAGCACUGCUAGCUAUGUCAUGCGUGUUGUUCAAUGGGCACGGACGUCCAGGAUUAGAAUAAACCUCGACCUCCAUAUCACCCCUGGAUCUCAGAACGAGUCAUGGGACUCGUCAAUGCUCAGCCCAAGUUGUCGGUUAAGUUAUCUCCUUGAGCGUGCCAUGAUCCGCAAUAUCACCGGUAACGGAGAAGGGCACCCGGAUCCCUACUUCGCAUUUGAUAGCCGUACUGGGUCAAGGCUGCAGGCGUGUAAAACAUGGGACGUUAUGGAUACCAGACCGGAAACUCAUCCACGACUGAUCGCCUCGUCCAGCCUCGUUCAAUCUCCCGUGUGGUCUCAGUUGGUUCUCCAAUACAGAUGGAUACCUACUGAUUCCCACACUGCUGGCGUAACGUUUGGAGUGGCUGACCCACAGUCCGAUGGGGUUGACGAAGUCUACCAGAUUGGAGGUCUUGGAGCUGGAACUACUAUCGUGUCUUCGGUCUCCAUCUUAUGA